ACUUUUCUCUCAAUAAAGCUUUGGAUUCAAAGUCGCCCCCGCCCAGCUCUCGCGAGAGGCAUGGACCCGUCACUACCAUCCUCAUCCUCGAUAUCGCAGCGCUAGCCGCAGCUCGGCACCAUCGCCAGCCCAGUCGAACCCUCGGCCCAGGUGGGCUCGACCUUUGCCGAACCGAACCAGGGCUCCGUGGCGAUGUAGCGUAGCCGCAGCCCCUCGUCGACGAGUAUAUCAUCGCGCCCUGGACCCGCCCGCCGACCCACACCCAGCGAGGCGCCUCCGAUUUGGACCGGUCUCCCCCGAGCAAUGGACCGGCGGGCCGGAGAGAAGCAGGUGGGAGCUGGCGAAACGGCGGGAUCCUGGACAGCUGCUUCUGCUGAGAGAAGAGGACGCCCCUCAAUUUGAUGCUGCCACUUUGUGCCAUCAGAUGCUGGUGAACUAUGAAUGGAACAACUUUGCCAAGUAAUUCGAGUGAGGAGACCAGCCCCCACUGUGGUGAGGCUCUAACACUUAUGCCUCCCCCAUCACCUUCUUGGAGGGAGUUCUGCGAGAUUCAUGCCCGCGCUGCCGCCUCAGAGUUUGCGCAUCAUGUGAAGAACUUCUUGGCUGAGAAUCCCCAGUAUGUGGCACUGCCAGGAGGCGCCGGAAACACUUUUUCCAGAUGCUUUGCUGAGCACUUCAUCUGCCACUUUGAGAGUGAAGUGGGGGGUAGCAUCCUGCACCCAGGAGCAGAAGAAGUGGGCAGUGAUGCUCUGUGGGCAGAGACCUGCUCCAAUGAGGACUCCUCCUCUGUGACCUCACCUCUGACUGCCCAAGACCCCAUCCUGCCAGUGUAUGCUCCGGCCCUGCCCAUGGGCUUGUCCAGUAGCCAAUCAAGGAGCUCUGAGGACAUUUCGCUCUCAUCCAUGUCCUCGUACACCACAGGGCUGACUGGACCCGGUCAGCCGCUAGGAUGUAGUUCUGUGCAGAAUGCUGUAGGGGUUGUUCCUGGCAAGCCAAAACUGCGCAAGCGCUUCUCUCUGCGCAGUGUGGGCCGCAGUGUCCGUGGCAGCAUGCGAGGCAUUUUACAUUGGAAGAGUGCAGGUAGUGAGUCCAGUUCCCCCAGCGUGGAGGAGCGUGAGGUACUGGGAGGCAGUGAUGAGGGGAAGAUGUUGGGUCAACCCGUGGGCCGAGGUAGCAGAAGUGCCAGCGGCCUACCCAUUUCCUUAUCACUGCCACUGGCCUCUCAUGCACCAUCACUUCCUCCUUCAUCCAGCAGCUCAUCAUCUUCAUUCUCAUCAGAGCAGAAGGAACAGAGGAAGAGUGGCCGCUUGGCUGAAAAGGCAGAACGGGACAAAUGGACUCAUCGCUUUGAAAAACUUCGGCUCUCUCGCUCCCCUUUGCCAUCCAAGGUAGAACUGUCAGACAUCCGAAGAGAGGGGCUCCUAUCGUACAUGGUGGCAGAUGAGCUGAGUGCUGGCAUUGCCUGCUAUGAGGAGCAGAGCAGUCACACUACUGUAUACCCAGCAGGGGUGCCUGCUUCGGCAGCAGGAGGCAUUGGCAUGAGGUCUCGCUGGCAGAAGUGCCGCUUGAUGCUGCGCAGAGAAAUCAGGCCGGACGGAGUCUCACCCGUACGAAAUGCCGAGGACUACGUGCUGGAAUUCUUUGUCCCACCAAAGGCCUCAAAGCCUCGUAUCAGCAUUCUGUGCUCUGGUAUUGUGGAUGUCAGAACUACUACCCCUCUGGAGAUGCCAGACAAGGAGAACACUUUUGUGCUAAAGAUGGAGGAUGCAGUGGAAUACAUCCUGGAGACGGUUGAUGCCCUUCAGAUGAGAUCUUGGCUCUCAGACAUUCGGGACUGCAUGAACUGCUGUGACCGAGAUGACACUUUAGAUAUUUCGUGUCUCAGCCACUCUGAGAGUGUCUCGAGUAGACAGCUACCGGCUGGGCCCAGUGACCUGAGUGAUCGACUCUCACAGGGUGGAUAUGGGGGACUGGGGGGAACUCAGUCAGCCUCCCCAAGUUCUGCGGAACCCCACCCACCUGAGCUGCCCCCUCGCAUCCCAGUUGAUGAAUCUCUAGACCGACUACAUGGAGGUGGAGCCAAUGUUAUAACACCUUUUGCGGAGACCCCUGAUGGAACAGGUUCCUUCCUCUUCUCUGACACAGUGGAGGUACUUGACCACUCUCUCUCAGAGUGCCCUUGGUUCCAUGGGACCCUGUCACGACUUAAAGCAGCACAGCUUGUGCUGGCUGGAGGUCCUGGCAGCCAUGGAGUUUUUCUGGUACGACAGAGUGAAACAAGACGGGGAGAAUAUGUGCUGACCUUCAACUUCCAAGGAAAGGCAAAGCAUUUGCGCCUGUCUCUGAAUGAAGACGGCCAAUGCCGUGUCCAGCAUCUCUGGUUUCAGUCCAUCUUCGACAUGCUUGAGCAUUUUCGUGUGCACCCCAUUCCGCUGGAGUCAGGAGGAGCCAGUGACGUGACACUUAUCAGUUUUGUAGUGUCCGCCAGUCGGCAGCACGACUUGAUCAGCUCCCGUAGCCCUGCUACCCUGCCUCCCCCUCCGGCGCCCCCUCUACCACCUGCGCGACCGCCACCGCCCAGUCCCCCACAGGACAGAGAGAGGGGAAGUGAGGGAGAGGAUGAGGACAGUGGGGAGAGAGAGGGGGUGACACUGCGACAGCUUGAACCUUCGUUGUCUGAGGGUGACGAGCGAGACAGCAUGAGGACAAGAGCUGUUGACAACCAAUACUCGUUCUUUUGAGAAUUUAAGGACCAUGCAGAUGGGCGUGAUGAAGGGGCCACAGGUCUCUAAAAAGUAACUGACAUAGAAGAGUGAGUCCUGGCAAAGUGGACAAGAUGGAAGGAGACCUAAAUGAGUGGACAAGGUUGAGAUGGAGGCUCCUGAAAGAACAGAUGAUUAAGCAAGAACAAUCUUGACAGUGGGUGAGGACAAAAGAGAGAGUGGCCAGGACGGGGAAGGCACAACGGAGAAGUGCACAAAAGGAAGGACUAAACAAUACUAAAAGACCAAUUCUUUGAGUGAAGCUCACUAAGAAGUGUGCUUAGGACAAGGAAAGAGGAGAGGGACCUCAAGAUAAAGACGACAAAAGGGGCCUGUGGAUCAGACAAGAGAGGAGUUGGUGAACGGAAGACGAUGAAUUCUACAUGUGCUGACAUGAUUUGAUGGCUUAGCAACUGUUUGAACAGCGAGUGGGUCGUCUUGAGUGAAAAAGACAUUUGUCCCACCUCUGGAGACACAACACAAAAACACACCACACGGCCCAUGGGUGGUGUGGCCAAAUUUUCUUGCAUUAUUUAAGGAGACUGUUUCUGUCUGCAGUGCAGCUCCCAGCCCGAGUUGACACUACCUGACCAGCAGGUUCACCAUCUACCCAACACUUCCUCCUCAGCUGGCACACCGUAUUCAAACAUGGACUCCACUUGGCUUAAGGGUAUUCUGUCUCCCUUGGCACCUCUACCAGUUUGUGGUCACUUGCAUUUCUAAGUGCCUUUUUUCCAAUGGUGACAUCAGCACAGGCAGCUGGCUGCGCUUACGUAGCGGCUGGGAGAAAUCCGGUGUUGUGCCACAUGUGUGACGUGGCUCGUUUAUUUACCUCAGGCAUGACUGGCCUGCUGGUCACUUCAGGAGGGACUGAGGCCGCAUUCAUUGCAAAGGAGUGAAUGUGGUGCCAUGUGCACACGCACCGUAGGGUUGGGAGUUGGACUGCAGGCCUGUUUAUACUAGUUGUGAAUGUAUCUAUCGUGCCCGGCGCUUAUUAUCAGUGGUACUUUUUUGGAAUUUCACAUGAAAGUAAUAAAUAAUUGGAAUAUU